AUGUCAUCAUCAUCAUCAGAAGAAGCACAAUAUAAUUUUUAUCUUUAUAAUCCAAGUUUAGCAGCUUCAACUAUAUUUACUGUUAUUUAUUCAAUUUUAAUUAUAUGGCAAUUAUAUCAAGUUGGUUCAGCUAUUGCUUUGAUAGUCUCAUCCAAACGUUCAAAUGCAGAUUUAGAAAGACAAAAUCCUUUCAAAGAUCCAUUUAGUAAACACCAUGAACCAAUUUAUACACCUUCAUCAAAAUAUAUCUUAAUUAUGAUUCCAUUUAUCUUAGGUGUUGCUUGUGAAUUGGUGGGUUAUGUUGGAAGAAUAAUGUCCCAUAAUAAUAUAUCUGAUACGACACCAUAUGUUAUGCAAACUUUAUUAAUUCUUAUUGGACCACCUUUAUUAUCUGCUACAAUUUAUAUGGUUUUUGGUAGAAUGGUUACCAAGAUCUUGGGUAAUGAAGAAUAUUUGUUGAUUAGAUCUAAAUUUAUAACCAAAAUUUGUGUUGUUGGUGAUAUUUUAUCUUUAGCUUUACAAGGUAUUGGUGGUGGUAUUCUAACUGGUGCUCAAGAUAAUAAAGAUAGAUUUAAUCUGGAUUAUUAA